CAACUUCCUCUUUUUCUGUGGUUAGUUCAGCAUGAUGCUGUGACGCUAUACACCAAUUUCAUGUGAGACUUUUACUGCAUAUAAGACGGGGAGGCGGGACUCAUCAAACAGAAACAGUAGCAGCCGAAGAUCUCACAACUCUCUAAGAGCAGCCCAACAUACAGUCAUACAUGUACAUACAAACCCAUAGUUCUGCAUCACUGCCAUGCCAAUUCUAGCCACAUCACCAAGGGAGCUGCAGCACCUCAACAUGGACACUGACAAAAAGAAAAGGGGAAAAGACAGGGGAGGAAACCUGAAGUCUCGGCUGCAGUGUAGAUCGUCUCAAGCCACUAAUAAUGAGGGGCUUUGUUUCGAGGAGAUGUCCCAGUGGUCACAGUCACUCGAGAGACUUUUAGCAUCGAAAUAUGGAAUGAAGAUAUUCCAGGCCUUCUUGAAGUCAGAGUUCAGUGAUGAAAACAUUGAGUUUUGGCUGGUAUGUGAGGACUAUAAGAAGAUCAAGUCUUCCUUCAGGAUGACCUCCAGGGCCAAAAAGAUCUUCAAACGUUACAUUCAAGCUGAGGCUCCGAGAGAGAUCAACAUUGAUCACAAGACCAGGGACCUGAUCAGGCGGAACAUUAAGGCGCCCAGCACAGUUUGCUUCGACGAUGCCCAGAGGAUUGUCUACGGACUAAUGGAGAGGGACUCCUACCCCCGUUUCCUCAGGUCUGACAUCUACAGGACUUUAAUGGACUCUAUAUCAGAAUCAGUAAAGAUGUAAAGAAAGCAGAUAGCAGCGACAUCGUGUUUAUAGAGACUGAACUAUGAAGCUGAGCCUAAUGCUGCGCUACCUGAGAGAAGCUGGGUGUGUUUGCUUGUACUGGGACCAUUGAUGUUGAUUCUUUAACACCAAAAGCGUCCAAAACCUGUUAUCUUCAACACAUUCAUGCCGUCCUUCCGUUGGAGAAGUCAUGCCUCAUAAGACUGUAUUAAAGAAGAAGUAGUCGGCUCUGUAGAGAAGCCGUUGAAGAGAGUUUAUUCAGAACCGGGUGUGGUGAAAAACGGCUACAGUUGUACAUUAAUCAAAAGCAGCUGCUGUGAACGUACUUGUAAAGCAAAAAAACUUCCCAGCGAUGCCACAAUAAUGUAGUGAGAAUGCUGGGGACUUUCUGUUAGAGACGCCAGGAAGUGUAUGUGGUGCAAACAACACUCUCCACCCAAGAUGCAAGUGCAUGAGCUGGUAUCUGCCUUUGCACAUCAUUUUAAGUUUAUUUUUAUCUUACUAAAGCAAUAGAUGCAAUCUAGGUGUGAUUUUCUUAUGUACAGCCUUAUGCAUUUAAUUUUUUUUUGCAUUCUGACAUCAGCGCUGUAACACUGAAAUAACGAUAUGUUACAACUGUAAUAAUCUUUUAUAAGCUAAAUGUUAAAAAUGUAUUCCACAAGUUGUGAAAACAUUGUACAUGUGAAUAUUAAGAUGGAUUCAUACAUAUUAAAUAAAGAAUAUUGAAUUUGCUUUGAAAGUCUGUAUGAACCUUGGAAUGAUGACUAAAAUCUGUUCUUGUCAGUCAGACAAGCACAUAAGAGUUAGACAUAAUGUUCCUGUGAAUGUUUAGAUACACGUCAACUUAAGAAUACACAGGAAGUGACUAAGACACAAAUCCAUUCAUUCAUUCAUUUUUUGGUUCAUUCAGAUACUUACUCACAGUUAUACUCAGAGUAUUUACCGCAUAGUGGCUUUGGUGAGUGUAGAAACGUCUACAGCAGCAUGGUGUACCAGGAUCAUUCACUCUGCAAUAUAUGUACGAAACUAUGUGUCCACGUUACGUUUGUAGAUCCAAAACAUUGGAUUUUUGGUGAUUUGUGUGUUUUCUACAGAAACUCUUUUUAAUAGUUGAGAAUGGACUACAUGAAUAAGACAGGAUGCUCCUACCUACGCGGUGUCUGGUCUUACAUCAGUCUUGCAUGAGUCAUUGGCCUUUCAUGCUUUCGAUUGUGUUUCAACCUUUCUCAGAUUCAUUCAGCCUUUUCUUUACCAUUCAGUCUUUCGUUUAUCACUGUAAAAAUCCAACAAGCCCCUCAUAAAUUGUUGUUAAUGGAGAAGCAAGGUUUACAACUGAAACUGCAUUUGUAAUAUAUCACAAUAUGGGGCCAAAAAGGAAGUCUCCCUGCGGGAAUUCAACAGGUAUCGCUCUGGUAAAGGUUACAGACAUUAGGAGGAAGUGUUAAGACCCAACUGCUCCACCACAUCCUCUUUUAAUCUCACUUGUACAUCACGUCUGCGUGAGGACACUCACACAGAGGGUAGUGGACAGCAAACUGUCAGCAUAAAGGCACCAGGGUAUUAAGCCAAAAGAGUUUUCAGCAGGAUGAGAACAUAUAUUUUUCACAUGGGGUGUUAAAUGUUUUUUCUUUGUUUUUACAGAGUUGCAACGGAGGGUUAAACUAUUUGCACUGUUCUGUUUAUUAGUAAUUAGAUUCAAUUAGUGUUGUGACCAAGAGAAGCUAUAAAAAAAAUGAGAUCACAUCUUAGAGACAGGAUGUUCAAGUUGUCCUGCAAUGCAUCAUUGAUGUAAAACUUUGGGGAUAUCCACUAUCUAUUAUAUAGACUACUCAGCCAUACAGGGUAAAAUGCUGUUUUUAAACCCAUAGGUUUGGUUGACACAUGUGUCAUGAGACUGAAGUCAUCCUUUUGGAACCACAUGAGCUGCAUACAGGUCACUGGACUGCUGUAUGAUGUUGCUCAACCAGUUCAACAAAGGACGCUUUGUUUCAGGUCUAUUUCAGAGGCAGGUGAGAAAUGUUCCAUGGUGGAAAUUUUCCACCAGAUAAAAAUCUUUUUCAGUCAAACA